AUGGGUAUGCUCCCUGCUUCCUUGAACGACAUGCAAUAUGCAAUUCAUUUUGAACUCCAGUUCAUGAUGGAUAUGAGAGAUGUUCUGGCCACCUCAGAUCAGGGGUUGGCCGAUUUUUACAAUAAAAUCAACCCGGCUGCCGAGUCAAUACUCCAAAGCUCAAGAGUUAUGAACUUAAUACUCACAACACUCAUUGGUGAAGAUGCGAUUGACCAUUACAUUUCUAGUCUGUGCGAAUGGAUUGAUGGUCGUCAUGCCGACGUUCUGUAUACCCCAGUUACUUCAUCAACAGACGAUUUCCCAUCUGUAAUAAUUGAAAUACAAAAUGUUAUGGACAAACCGUCCGUCCGUCGCCUUAUUAAAUAUUGUGGGUACAUCUUUGACAAAUACCAGGUUGAGCCAAUUGCUUUAACAAUAUGCCUCAAUACAGCAAGGAGAGAAAUAACUAAAAAAACAAAAAAGCUCACUGAAACAGACAAAUUUAUUAAGGAAGCAACUAUUGCAUCUUCCCUUGAAACGCCUUUACUGCCAAUGGUUGCAUUAUCUUAUGUAUUGACUAAACAACAAAUAUUCCUACUUGGCUUAGAACAUAGAAACGAUCCAACUGUUCAAAUGGAACCCUUGACCAUGAAGUCCACAACGAAAAAAACAACUGUUGACGUAUUAUUAAGUGUUUGUAACAAUAACCGCGACCAGUUUAAACGAAUAUUAGACGCUUUAGAAAAAGAUGGCGAUGUAAAGCGAGCACGUUUGUACGCUGAUAAUGGUUUACUUUACUCACAACCAUCAAGCUCAACUAUGCCGGAGCCGUUGGCUUUACUACAAGAAGUGGUAGAAGGCACCGAAGCUAUAAUCCCUACUGCAAGUACUGGAGCACCAUUUCAUAAUGUGAUUGCAGCAAUUUCGACCAUAGGUGUUGUUAAUAUAACUAUGAGAGUACCUAUGCCACCUAAAAAAAUAAGAUCCAAGAUGUUUGUGGAGUCUGAAACGCUCGCACAAAUAUCAACUGAAGCAUGUAAGGAUGUCCUUUUAUCUCACCUUGUCGACAUUACUCAACGCUCUAAAAAUCAUUUUGGGAACUACUUAAACAAAAUAUUUUAUCCUAACUUCAAAAAAGUGUUUGAAUUGAAUUCACAAUCUGUUCCAAUUGAAGUUUGA